AUGGUAUUAGAACCGGGAUCUAGAAAAAUAAAAGCCAUAACAGAAUUUCCAGAACCAAAGAAUGUGCACGAAGUGCGAAGAUUUUUGGGCCUGACUGGAUUUUUCAGACGAUUUGUGCCGAAGUAUGCGUUAAAAAGCGAACCAUUGACCAGAUUGACAAAGAAGAAUCGAGACUUCGAGUGGAAGCAAGAACAAAAGAAGUCGUUCGAACUAUUGAAGAAACAACUGACUGAUAAGCCCAUAUUAGCUCACUAUCAACCGCAUGCAGAUACUGAAGUCCAUUGUGAUGCAAGUGCAGAAGGUUUGAGUGGAAUGCUAAUGCAACGUGAUGAAGAUCGGAAAAUGGCAUCUUGUUUAUUGCGUCAGUAA